AUGAAUAGGAACGCGCUUCAGUCUCUCCAUCUAUCAACGUUCACAAAGCCCACGGAUUUGAACUUUGCAACUACUGAUUCGAACUCGAACUAUCUCAUCCAACUUGCUAAAAUGCCCUUUAUCCACUCCAGCCUGGACGGUGCAUCGCUUCACUACGUUGACUACAACCCAGCCUCGAGCCGCCCUCGUUUCCAGCCCACAGACAGUCCGGCAAAGGACUGUAGCAACAGCGGUAUAACACUAGUCUUUAUCCAUGGAUGGCCAAUGUCCUAUCAGAUGUACGAGCAUGUGAUGGUGCCACUCAGCGAAACGUAUGGCAUCCGAUGUCUUGCAUCCGACCGGAGAGGCUUUGGGAAAAGCGAAUGGAACACCAGCCGCAGCAGCGACAUCACGUACGACACCUUUGCGCAAGACACCAUUGACUUGAUUGACCAUGUCAAGGUCGGCAAGUUCGUCUUCGUUGCGAGCAGCAUGGGCUGCGGAGAAUCGCUUUUGGCGUACCUCCAGAUGCGACAAGAGCUGCAGAAACAAUGUCAGGGAUUGAUAUGGUUGGGUCCGAGUCUUCCGUUCCCACUGAAGACAGAUACGAAUCCUAUGGCGCCCUCUCGAGAGCUGUGGGACAUGAUCUUAACCGGUUUCCGCCAGGAUCGCAUGGGUUUCACCAGAACCGCACUCCCCGGCGUGUUUGGCGUUCCUUUCAACAUCGGAAUCGAAGUGCCAGAGACAGUUCUGCAAAGAUUCGAAUGGAUUGUUGCACAAGCCGACGCUCUUGCGAUUGAGAGUUGCGUCCAGAUCAUCACAAACAGGGAUUUCACCAACGAUCUCAAGAAACUGGAUGGGAAAGACGUGAGGGUUCUCGUUAUCCACGGAGACAAUGACCAGAGUAAUCCCGCCGAAGCCACUGCGCACCUCAUUCCGAACCUCGCAAAGCAAGCCCAAGUCAAAAUCUACGAAAAGGCGGCGCACGGUAUGUACCUCACGCACGCAGAUCAGGUCACCGGGGACAUUCUCUCCUUCGUACUCGGACUUUGA